AUGUCGUUCAACGACCGCCGACCAGCGGACCUCGAAGCGCAACCCACAACAUGGCGACGCCAGGAUGACCCGGAAUACCAAGACGACCCCGAAUUCACCGAAUACACCACCCGCCUCUCCGACAAACUCUUCAGCCUGACCUCCAACAUCAGCCGGCUGAGCAACCAAGUCGCCCUGCUCGGCACGAAGAAAGAAACCGACCGCGUGCGGGAGCGAGUGCAGGACCUCCUCCAGGAAACCGGCGAUGGCUUCAAGGAGAUCGGUGAGGGCGUGAAGAAGGUGCAGAGCUGGCACGACAUGAGCCCGAGCCAGAAAUACACGAGCGGGAAGCUCGGCCAGGAAUUCCGCGCCAGCCUGAAUGAAUUCCAGGCCAUCCAGAAGCAAGCGCUCCAGAAGCAAAAGGCGAGCGCGAGCGCGGCGCGCACCGCGCUGGAUUCGGAGGCCGGUCCGACCGCGGACGCCUCGGGUGGGGGAUCGGGUCAGCAGCAGCAGUUGCUCCAGCAGGAUCAGAUCCGACUUGCGGAUCAAUCGGAGGUGGAUUUCCAGGAGUCGCUGAUCGUCGAGCGGGAGAGCGAGAUUCGAAACAUCGAGCAGUCGGUGUCGGAAUUGAACGAGCUGUUCCGGGAUGUGGCGACGAUGAUCAGCGACCAGGGGAACAUGCUGGACACGAUCGAUGUGAAUGUCAUGAACACUCGGGACGAUACGCGGAACGCGGAUCAGCAGUUGCGGACGGCGAGUAGACAUCAGAAGAGCGCGAGGGGGAAAGCGUGCUGUUUGCUGGUGAUUUUGGCGAUCAUAUUGGCGGUGGUGAUUUUGGCGAUAGUGUUGUAGAGGAGGAUUGGGUCUCUGGGCGGUUCUUCUGUAUGCUGGAGUUCUUUGGGUUUGCACACGCAUUUUGUAUAUGAUCAU